GGUCAGACUGCCCAGGCAGGGUGGGAAAGGCCUUUAAAGCAGCCCGCAGGUGGGCUACCAGUUCUUGGAAGGGUUUAUUAAUGAAAACCCCCCAAGCCUGACAACCUGGGGGAAGGCUCACUGGCCCCAUGUAUAGCUGAUAAGGGCCAGGAGAUUCCACAACUCAGGUAGUUCCCCCGCCCCCCUGGAGUUCUGUGGUCACCAUUAAUCAUUUCCUCUAACUGUGUAUAUAAGAGCUCUUUUGCAGUGAGCCCAGUACUCAGAGAGAAAGGCUAAGGUCCUGAGGAGGAUGUGGCUGCAGAAUUUACUUUUCCUGGGCAUUGUGGUCUACAGCCUCUCAGCACCCACCCGCUCACCCAUCACUGCCACCCGGCCUUGGAAGCAUGUAGAGGCCAUCAAAGAAGCCCUGAACCUCCUGGAUGACAUGCCUGUCACGUUGAAUGAAGAGGUAGAAGUCGUCUCUAACGAGUUCUCCUUCAAGAAGCUAACAUGUGUGCAGACCCGCCUGAAGAUAUUCGAGCAGGGUCUACGGGGCAAUUUCACCAAACUCAAGGGCGCCUUGAACAUGACAGCCAGCUACUACCAGACAUACUGCCCCCCAACUCCGGAAAUGGACUGUGAAACACAAGUUACCACCUAUGCGGAUUUCAUAGACAGCCUUAAAACCUUUCUGACUGAUAUCCCCUUUGAAUGCAAAAAACCAGUCCAAAAAUGAGGAAGCCCAGGCCAGCUCUGAAUCCAGCUUCUCAGACUGCUGCUUUUGUGCCUGCGUAAUGAGCCAGGAACUUGGAAUUUCUGCCUUAAAGGGACCAAGAGAUGUGGCACAGCCACAGUUGGAGGGCAGUAUAGCCCUCUGAAAACGCUGACUCAGCCUGGACAUUUUCUACUGAUAGGGACCAGUAAUAUUUAUUUAUAUAUUUAUAUUUUUAAAAAUAUUUAUUUAUUUAUUUAUUUAAUUUUGCAACUCUAUUUAUUGAGAAUGUCUUACCAGAAUAAUAAAUUAUUAAAACUUUUGUUUGU